CAGCGGCCAUAGAAGAGAGAGAAAGAAGAGCAGAGGCAAAUCGAAUCCUUUGGCAGUAGCAAAAUGGCGUGUGCUUGCACUUGGAGCAUGUUAUCUCUGAGAUCGGCUCUCCCUUCCGUCCACACCCCUCCGACCCUUUCAAUCCACUUGUCAGCCGGCUUAGCCUUUCCAUCUUCUUCUUCGUCUUGCCUCAGACCCUCUCGGCCCAAACCCAAUCCUAUGCCUCUCCACUCUUUCGUUGGUCUCGCCCCUCUUCACUCCCUUCUCUCCAUCACUUCUCAAGAUCUCACCAGUUACGAGCAUGGUUUCACCAUCAUUGACAAUGGAGGCCGAUUCUUUGCCAUGAGACAUGGCAAGCGGGUACCAAAACUCAAUCGGCCCCCUGAUCAGCGUCGGGCCCUUUUGCGUGGCCUCACAACUCAGCUAUUAAAGCAUGGACGCAUCAAAACUACGAGAGCAAGGGCUAGUGCCAUGAGGAAGUAUGUGGAUAAGAUGAUCACAUUGGCUAAAGAUGGAACUCUUCAUAAAAGGAGGCAAGCCCUCGGUUUCAUUUAUGAAAAGCAGAUUGUCCAUGCAUUGUUUGCAGAGGUCCCAGAGAGAUAUGGGGAGAGGAAUGGAGGAUAUACGAGAAUUAUCAGAACCCUACCAAGGCGAGGGGACAAUGCACCUAUGGCAUACAUUGAGCUUGUUUAGCUAUUGCUUUUGUAUUUUGCUUGUUGCUGUUGUACUUCAUUAGGCCGAACUCUUUUGUGAUGAAAUUCUCUUAGUCCAAUUUUGGAUGUAAAACAUGCCAGUUAUUUAAAUCAUUGUAUGUAAUGGUUGAAAGAUAUUUAUAAUUAAUUUCUUGAUUUUUCU